UUCAAGAAGUUGAGAAUGUUAUGUAUGGUGGUGAAAGACAAGUUGGUUAUGUUUCUUUAAACAGCAAAAGUCCCAUGUCGAUGACAGCCAAAAUUCUCGUCGGAGCAACAACCCCUCUUUGGAUUUCGGUCGGGAUAGCAGGUCUUAUAAUUGGCGGGCCUGCUUUGGGAGCAAUAGCUGUGAAAAAACGUGUUGAUGGCAAAAGGAAGCUUGAGAAUUAUCAAUGUCAACCAAAUGAUACGUUGGCCAAACGGUCUAAAAAGUUUCUUGACUCUAUAGUCGGAAACGUUCCGCGUCAAUAUGCUGGGAAGCAAAUGGAGAAAACCAAAUCGGUCUUGUCAAAAUAUACAAAUUCGCUUCCGCGGGUGAUUGAUGCCGAUUGGAAAAUGGUUUCACAGUUAAACAACGAAACGCGAGACCAAGGUGAAGUAUUAAGGCGAUGUAGUCCAAUUCAGAAGAGAAGUUAUGAGUCGUGGGAGAGACUGGGAUUCCUAGGUGUUAGGCUCUAUCCAGCAACAGUGGAUGCCCAUGAUCUUGACUGGAAAGAAGACGUGGGUUCAUUCAUUGGAGAAGGAGAGUUUUCCUCCGUGUACCGUGGUACUUUAACUACUACUGGAAGCAACACAACUAAGCAGUCAAAUCUUCACCAAAUCGUAGCGGUUAAAGUAUUCAAGCAACCUUUCGAUCUUCCAAAUUCAAGAUUUUAUCUCAAUGAAGAAAUUAUUAUCAGGUGUAUACAUAUGUAUAUUUACGUCACUGCAUGCCUCUGUUAUUUCAUUUAGUGAAAUAUGGAACACAAAAAUAAACAAUGCUGGAUAAAUCAUAUCAUAUACAAUUAUUAAUCAUAUGGUUCUGAUAAUGUCAGCCAUUAAUGUUGCAUCUAAAAUAUGAUUUCAAUUCUUGCGCUUUCAGGUUGGUUGGUUGGUUGGUUGGUUGGUUGGUUGGUUGGUUGGUUGGUUGGUUGGUUGGUUGGUUGGUUGGUUGGUUGGUUGGUUGGUUGGUUGGUUGGUUGGUUGGUUGGUUGGUUGUUUGGGAGGGAUGGAUUAGUUUUGUUAAAGGGGUUUAAAUCGGGAAAGGAGUUUUAUUUGUAAUUUUAAAAAUUCUAUCAAAUCCUCUUUAUUGCCAGAACUUUUUUAAACUGAAUUCACGCUCUAAAAGCUGAAUUUUGAGGUUCACCUUCGCAUAUAAGUAAACAAGUAUACAGUUCACUAGUUUAGUAAAACAACAUAAUUUUUCUGAAUUUUUAACGUCAUUUUAUUUACUGUAGGGGGCUGAAUCACAAACACAUUCUUACGUUCUACGGAAGUAUGCGUAUGAUGAGUACUCAUAAUCCAUCCACUCCAUCCGUUGACCACAAAUUCGUUUUCGUGAUGGAAUUCUGCCACGACAAUCUCAGAAAUGUCAUUUUCAAUGACGAUAGCGUAACACCUGCAAAAGCUGAGAACACCAAACGAGCAAUUGAAAGCUUUCUCAAGUGGGCGAUAGGAAUUGCGGAUGGUUUACACUACAUCCACCAAAAGCGUCUUUUCCACAGACAUCUCAAAUUAGAAAACAUUUUGGUUUGUAUUUACCAUAUAUUAAUAAAUGAAAGUGUAUAUCAAUGAAAAAGGGUUAGGCCAAUCAUGCUUUUAUUAACUGGUUUGAUGUGCAAAUAACCAACUGGUAACAUGAAAUUAGUCAUACUGUUGUCGCCAGUAAACUGCGAAACGACUGUUUUUAGGGCGGUGUGUCAAUGACGAGGGACACGUUUGUGAAAAAUAACUUACAAAUCAAUAACACUUCUUUUUUCUAUCAAAAUUAAAUUUAAUAUUUGGAAUAUACAAUGAAGUUGUAAAAUGCAAAAUUACAGUAGUAGACAUGUUUUCAAUUUACCAUAUGCUACAUGCCUACACAUAGUAAAAUGAAAUUUUAAUUUGCUGCGGUCAGACAAUAUAGGCAAGGACGUAGCGAAGACUCUGUCAUUGCGGCAGGGGAGGAGGGGGUCAAAUUACCUGAUUUCUUACAUUUUACGUUAUCACGUGUAGUGUUUCGAAAUAAUAAAAAGUUUGAUCCAAAUUAUAAACUUCCCAUAUUUCAAAACGUUGUGGGGAGCUGCAAGGAUUUCAAAUUCCUCGCAUCACAGUCCAGUCGUAUACCCCUCGGUCUAUAGGUUUAAAAUCAGUUUCAGAUUGUUUCAAUUUUCCAUAAUAUAUGCUAAGUCUUUAUACGUGCAUUUUUCCUUUAGCAUGUUUGAUGUCCAGGAGGAUUGACUACCUAUUUUAAUUUAUAUAAUCUCUAAAUGCCAUUCAAUAUUGUUUCGCCUUAGGUGCAUAAAGAUGGUCGAGCAAUGAUAUCAGAUAUUGGCAUUGUGGGUCAUUAUAAGAAAACAGAGAAAAGCAUCAUUUACCUCGCACCAGAAGUACUUAAAGAUCUGAAGAUGCGCACAAAAGAAGCAGAUAUUUACAGUUACGGUAUUAUGUUGUGGGAGAUGUGGUAUGGCACCCAGGUGUUCCAAAACCUCAUGCCACUCAACAAAGAUGAAUUCCAAGAAAAGAUCGCCAGAGGUUAUCAUCCCGAAACAAAUUCCAGAAGGAUCAUUUUCCCGGAAGUACUCUUUAUCAUGAAGCGGUGUUGGGCGAAAGAUGCAGAUAAAAGACCUACAGCUCAGGAAUGCUCCAUGAGUUUCCUGGAUAUUUCACUGACUCUAAAUAACGAGUCAUUUGACAAACCGAGCACACACGCGCAAAAUCCAAACACUGCAUGAUAUAGAUUAAAACACACUAAAUAACCAUAUAUCAUAAAUAAACACCACAGCUGUGGAGUACCAUUACGUAGUGGAGACAUUGGCAAGUGGAAACGUUUUAAACAGCAAUAAUUUAGACAAGUUUUUAAUGUAUACUACCUUAUAGUUAGAGAGGAGGCCUUGCUCAUAGAUAGACACUUGUAAAGUACACUGGGGUGGGAAUAAUAGACCGAUUCGAGAAGAAGUUGUCAAUCUUUUUUCUUUCGAAAUCAAUUUCAAUCAGGGUGAUUAAUCACUACUGCCAAGCUGAACAGAUUUGAAAUUGCUCUCAAUCUCGAAAAACAGCUCGCGGUAUCAAGUUUUCGUUAUAUAUAGAUUCCUUGAGUACCCAUAAUGUAGAAUAAUGGAACAAAAUACUCGAACUCAAAAUUUUGUAAAUCCGGGGGUUUCUUUCCAACAAACUAAAAAUGGCUUGCGCACGAAAUUUAAAAGCUUUAAUCGCUUGAAUUAUCGGAUGAAACAGUUGUUGGCUUUUUAAUUACUGUACAAUAUUUCAGACAAUUUGCUUUAGCUUAAGUUUUUUAACUAUUCAUUUUUUCCUAACAAAUCAGCCAUUUGCAAUGCCUUUACCUAAUUUGCAUAUUGCUGACAUAUGCAAAUUAGGCAAAUGCAUUAAUUAAGCAACAUUUGCAUGAAUAGUCUUUAACUAUGGAUGCAAAUUGUUUGAAAUUUCGUGCAGCAACUAAACACCCAACACAUUUUGCACCCAUUAACUCAAAAUACAAUUAAUUAAAGCUUUUAAAUCUCGUGCGCAAGCCAUUUUUAUUUUGUUGGAAAUAAACCCCUCCACCCCCACCCCCUGGUUUACAAAAUUUGAGUUCGCGAAAUUUCGUUCAUUUUUCUACAUUAUACGGUACCCAAUGUUUACGGUACCCCAAUUUUUUUUUUCAGACUUUAUUUCAUGAGGGUAAACAUUGACAGUAAGUGUGAACUACUGAUAAAUUCGUGGCCCUCUUUACAUAAGUACAAUUAAGCUAAUACAAUACUAAAACUUAUAAAAACUCUAAAACUACCAUAUUUACAAAUAAAAUAAUCCACCACCCACCUAAGCAAUUUCUAAACGCAUGGCGGACUUCUGGUCCGUUAAAAUUUUAGUAUAAAAACUGCGUUUAAACAUAGAUAUAGAUUUCUGUUUGCGCAAUGUAACAUCGAGGGCGUUCCAAUCUUUAAUAGUUCUAACGGUGAAAGUGCGCCCACCUUCAGUCUCUCUAGUGUAUUUUGGGCACACCAUGUUCAUAUUAUUAAAGCGAGUAUUUCUAGUAUGAAUAUCUGAGUUCCUUACUAGCAUCGUGCUUAAAUAUUCAG